UGCGCGCUCAACAUUUCUCCUCGAGGUCUUUUUGUAAAGAGUUGGUGAAAAUCUCAUAAUGUGGGAAGACUGAAGGGAAGGCUAAUAUUAGAAGAUCUCGCUAUUCGAUUUGCCCCUGCACAGCACCAGACAAGCAGUUGUUCCAUACCAACUUCAUUGAUUGUUAUACAAAUUGCCCCCGAUUUUGCCGUCAUUCCGUAGAUCGAUCCCACGGAGAGCAAGCACCUGCAAGGAACUUGAGCAGAAAAUGACUUCUGUUAUCAUCGCAAGGUAAGAUUGGUGUAGUACUCCAAGGAUUGUUGCGGGCAAAACGCAAGGUCAUGCGGAAGGCAUAUCCCAAAUACACCUUCCACCAGAAGUGUGAUUUCAAAAUUGAAGUGUCCCAAAGUCAUUUGUAAUCGGAAGAGCAGCGAUCCGAAUUGGACUAUGAAUACCCAACCUGUAAUCCAGAUCGAGUAAAUUAUUGGAAACAAGGAUGGAACACUACUUCUGAAGUCCAUUCUUGUGGAUGCGGCUAAAUCAAUCAAGCAACAAUGGAGACGUUCGGUAACAACCUGCCUUUACUAAAAAUUUUUCAUGUCGAGCAAAGGGGUUCCGAUUUUGCAGCAUGUUUCACACCACCAUGAGCUCAAGACGGAUGCGAGCCCGACAGAAAUCUUGUGCUAAGAAAGGCUUUCUACCAGGGUGACAUCACAAAGUGCAACAUUUAAGGAAAUUAAUGGCCAUGAGUCGCUCUCACAAAGUCCCGGCUGGGCCAAGUUUAGGGACUGUCUGUAGAUAAGCAUCGACGAAGAGAAGUGGCCAUGGUGUGUUUACGAGACUACAGUACUUGUUUUUUACCCCAGGGGUCGAGGCCCGUCUUGGUCGCACGAAGUUUAGCACACAGAUUCGGCCCCGUAAUUGUUAGGCUGCAGGCUCUGUGUCUUGAGCUGCGUACGUCGUAGACUGCAAGGUCGACCAGCCCAGCUUGCUUUCGACAGCAGGCCGGAGAUCAUGGUUACGAGGCUUGGAUUAUCAGAGUCGUAUCUCGUAGCUCGGCCGCAGUCAUUUAUCACAAGCAUCGUUGCUGACAAAAUUGCAUUCACUUCCUGCCCUUGUAAGCAAUUGGACUUGAUUGCGAAUUUCGAUUUAUGUAUACGUCGGCGAUCGAAUCUUCGAGGUUUCAAUUGCGUUCAGAAAAGGAGGUCAACUGGAAGCAUAAUUGCAUUUGCUUGGAGAUGGAACGACGAAGAAAUAGCGGAAGAUGCUCUUGGAGUGAGCUUCCACGAGGGCGUGAAGCUGUUCAACGCUGGAGAGUACUACCAAUGUCACGAUGUUCUCGAAAGUCUGUGGAAUGACGCUCGAGAACCACAAAGAAGUAUACUACAUGGAAUACUCCAAUGCGCUGUGGGACUGUACCACCUCCUCCAUCAGAAUCACAGGGGAGCCAUGGUUGAACUGGGGGAAGGCUUGACUAAACUACGGCGUGUUGGUUUCGUCAGUGGGCCCCUCCAUGAUUUCGAGCAAGAAGCAUCGGCUGUACUGGAAUUCAUAUACAACACUCAACUGGAACAUGCUGCUUGGGAUAUAGUCGCUUAUAGCAUCAUAAUGAUGCUAUAAGCGACGAACAAUUGAACUUCCAUUCAAUGGUGUCUGGAUGGAAGUUUCCAACACUGGUUCAAUGGUGCCAUCAAUACUGCAAGUGGACGACAGAAGGUAUAAACUUUGCUGUCUCUCUUGUUCAAAACGCAGGUUCUGAUGACAUCUGUAUAACCAUGGAUGGAUCCGAGCAAUCUUAUCGACUUCUAGGCAACUUUGGAGCAGGUCAAGUUCUUUAUAAACUAGCGGAAGAAGGUGAUGGUCUUCACAUCCAUUUCAUAUCUCAAAGGUCGAGCACUGCACCAGGAGAGUUCGCAGCUCUCUCUCCUAUCAGGGUGAAGGUCCCCGUAUUACAAGCAGCAGAAGAAGAUUUAUACGCGUUGAGUUGAGUCUCCUGUAAUUGUUCACAUCUGGUUCCAUAAUCCUUGCUGUUGACUUGAACGUUGGUGCGUUUUUUUAUUCUUACCUAGAUAACGGGUAAUGUAUCAUUGGAUGGAUGUGAACCUGAUAGAGAAUUAAUGUGUAAGCUUACCUCUAAUAUAUGGAUUAUGUAAACAUAACAAACGGAGAUCGAAUGUCAGAAAUUCUGAUGGGGUUGAAGCAGAAUAAUCGUUAUCAGAACUCUCAAGAACACAAGAGGGUGGUAGAUUUUCCUCUGCGCAACAAUGGCCUACUCAAAAAGACACGACUUUACAACUUACCUCUCGAUGCUGCCAAGAAUGAAAUGACUGUAUAUUCCAAGAGAUUGAGAUACGUAUUUCAACACGUAGAUCUCUCAGAAAUAAAGUGGUCCCUGUCAUCGUUUAAUUCUUCGAAAAACACUUCUUGUAUUAAAUUCUACUCCAUUGUCUUCCUCGUUUUGAACUUUACACGUUUGGACCUGAUUGCUUAGCCUCCAGGUGUUAAGAUAGGCACUGAGAAAGUAAACGCUGCUGACUAAGUAACCAGGACAAUUCGAGUUUCCACUUUGAGGUCCAGAGGGUUCUAUUCAGACAUCGAUAGCAGUCUCCAACUUGUCGUUAGGAUCCUUCUCUUAGUCUUGUAUUAUGAAAUUAUUUACGAUGAUAUAUACCAUAUGCAAUGGAAAGAGAUGUCGUCAACUGUCUGCUGCAUUGACUAUGUAUUAACUGUGUCUUAUAAUACUA